AACCUGAACUUGUUAGAAGUUGUAGUUAUUUCCAAGUAAACGAUCUUUCUUCCUUUUAAUGAUGAGUUAGUUUGAAAAAGUGGGAAUAUCCUAGUACGGCCAGCCUUAGCAAGUGCAGAAUUCAAAAGAAAAUCUUGGAAGUUUGUACCGCCCGGAACAUGCCAUUAGAAUGAAUACUGUAUCAGGUUUGCAACAUGUUGCAGCAGCAACCCCCACCAUCCAGCAGGAGGGUUUCCGGUCUCUUCCAGCGCAUGAGGUGCGCUCGGGCACAAUGAAGCAAUCCCGCCCUCUUCCCCGCUGGCUCUGGUACAUCAUCGCCAAAUCCCUCGGAAUCAAAACCCAUCCCAAAGACAAGCCCUGGUUUGCCACCAUCCUCUACGUCCUGACCCUCAUAUGCACGGUCGGUUACUUCAUCAACUACACCUGGUACACGGUGGCGGACAUCGUCUCCCAGAACACCACCUUCGAUUCUCUGAAUGGCACCGUCAACAUCAUCAUGGCCAUGGGCUUCUGUGCCGUCAGCGUCUACGCCAACAACCUUGCCUUCCGUCUCUUCACGAACCGUCUCUUUGUGCAGAGCGUGAGGCUCCACACCAAGACCUUCCUCAAGCUAAACUCUGCCGUCGUCAUCGGCCUGCUGGGUAUGAUGUUCAUUGGUCUUUACAACUAUGAUAACUUCAACCUUUUUCACGCCGAGACCUGUAGUGCUGUCUCUAUAUCACCGUGGAUAUGCUAUGUGCAAUAUAGCUGCCUUGUAGGAUUGACCGUUUUCUCAUUCGUGUGGAACAUGCUGGUAGCAGUGGUGUGCUUGUCCGUUUGUCGCACUCACACGAUAAGUGUUCGCCAUUUUCUCCUCGAGUUAGACGAGGAUGCAAUGAUCUGCCAUAUCAACAACUUUCAUCAUCAGAGAGGUCGACGACGUCGCCACACAACCAGCCUUGUGGAGGACCACGUGGAUGGAGCCCACAAUGCAAGCGACAGCACCCAUGCUGGAUAUCAAAAUCUAGCCUCUCCAACCUCUGAAGAAGUCAUCAAAGAUCUUGAAGAUGAGUGGGAUAUGAACGAGUAUGAGAGGAGGAAGCAGUCCGUCACUAGACUUCAUCGUACCAGCAUGGGUGUAGAUUCUGUCGAUGGUGAUCUCUCCAACCAUGAUGUCUGGGCUAACCUCCUGGCUUCUGGUAUGGAGGGUGCUGGACAGACCAAUACUGGAGAGCCAAGAAGUCAGCUUCCUUCGGAAUACAGCCACGUGCCAGGGCUCAAGAUCUUAGAGAAUAAAGAAAUACUGGAAAAAUAUUGGAGAUUGCAGUGCCGUUUACGGACCACAUCCCACUGCAUCCAGCGAUGGCUUCUCAGCUGGAUUGUUCUUCUUAUCUUCUGGAGUGUGGUGUAUCUUCUCUACUGGAUCAGCCAUGAGGCAUCCAUCAUUGACAUGUUCCUCUUCCUGCUGCCCUUGGCCAUCUUACCCAUGUUGUGUGCUGGACCGACAGAGGUCAACGGUGAAGGUCACAAGGUGCCAAAGAGCAUCUGCCCCACAGAAGACCGACUGAGAAUCAUCGCUUUCAUCAAACAAUCUCCUCUCUCUUUGACAGUGUUUGGAUUUGAGUUGAGCUACUCUUCCGUCUUCACCACCAUCGUAGCUAUAGCACUUGCCUUUGCCACCAAGAUCAUCCUGCAGGAUGUGUCGGAUACCCCACAGAUUCCCGCCACCACCAUCGCACCGACUGUGCAGGUGGUGACACCUAGCCUUGGACUUUGAUGGGUGACAAUUGUAAAGGUGUUCCACAGGGAUGUCUCUUGGAACCCCUUCAACUUGUCACCAUGCCACUUGUAGAGCUUGAUGCUUUUGAUGGAGACAUCCUCUCUCACCUUUGUGCACUCUGACAUUGAUACACUAUGAUCCACUGGAAUGCCCAAGUUGGAGCUUUGAAGAAAAUUCCUUGCUGCUCAUGCCUUUGGGUGCCCAAGACAGUCUUGUUAACAUGCAGUAACAGCAAGCUUUGAGUAUUGACAAAAGCUACAAUUGUGUGCUUCUCAAUGAUGAUCACGCCUAGGAGUAUCCUAGACAAUAAUGUGGUUCUGACGGAAUUUCACAGAGCAUACAUUCAUUAUCACAGUGUCUGGGACCCUAGAAUUUCUUGCCAUUAUUACCACACUUUCACUGCCAACUGUAGAAAGGGACAUCGAGCAGAAGUCUUUGUUCAUGAAAAUAAUCUCUUGAUGCACUCUCCUUCAACCAUCUUGCAAUUCAUUUUUCUGAGACCUUGCCUCACUACCACUUGCAGACUAGGGGAGUUUUUCAUGGAACAAACCAGUGAUUCUCACUGAUGAAUAUGUUGUUAGCCAAUCAGAUGCAAGGAAUCAUUAUUUGUUUCACAAAUGACGCCCUGUGUAUGCAAUGAUCUGUCCAUCUUGGGGCUUUGGCAUCCUUUACCUGGAUGCAAGCAUGCUUCUAAGGUACAUGCCAUCAAUAUAAUACAUAAGACUGCAUACAUGUAAGUCAAGUAAGUCAAAACUCCAAGCAUUAUUUCAGACCUGAAUAUGCAAAACAUGUUAUUAACUUUUAACUGCCAUACUUCUCCGAAGCUUUGAUCAACUUAGAUCAUGAACUGCCAUACUACUUAAACUCUUAAAUCAACUUUAUCCUCAGAGUAGUUCUUUUAAGGUUAUCUUGAAGCAUGUAUUGUACUAAACAACUCAUUGUUGCUCAUGGGAAUAUAUUUUGGAUCCUGUAGGAUCAGAUCCCUAAAUUGUUAUGGAUGAUGUUUUUCCGCUCCCAAUAGUUUAUUUAUCAAGGAUGUACUAGCUAUUUUGUUGCAAUCUGGGUAUGGGUUUUAAUAAACCAUAUUCUCUUCCAGGAAACAGACCAAAUCUUGCCUUAUUACCACCUCAAAUUCAUAUUCGAAAGAAUGGCCAGAUAUCAAUUGCAAUGAGGUAUUGCAUCUCAAAUACCUGUAGCAUUAUUUGGAUUUUUUUGUUCUUCGUGGUUUUUAUAGCCUCACAGUGACAAGUAAUUGAAGAAUUGAUGGUGUAGUUUUGUGCCCCUGGAUGACAGUGAUCACAUUACACUGUAGUAAUAAUAAUAAUAGCUGGAUUUAUAUCUAGCACUUUUUGCCCGAGGAUACAAAGCACUUGCUAUUAUCAACCUGUCUUUAGGUCAAGCUAUCAUCCCCGGUGCUCUGUGCAUUCAAGGAAUUUAUCCUACCGGGUACCCAUUCACAUCACCUGGGUCAAGUGCAGCACAGUGUGGACUGAGUCUGUUUUAUUUGUAUUGUCACAAACUAUUUCUGAGUGCUUUUUAUCAUUAGUUUAAAGACCUGCAAACGAUUGUUACUUGCCAUCCCUUGAAAUAAAGGAUUAAGAAUAUCAAAUAUAAUCUGGGUUCCAAAAGAAACUUAUCAAACUUUACAAGGGCACUGCACAAAUUCCACUGUGUCAAAAUGAACAAUAUUUUUACACAUGCUAGCUUCAAUAAUUUUUUUGUGUGUGCAGUGCCUUUGUAAAGUUUAAUAAAUUUCUUUUGGAACCCAGUUUAUUUCAUGUUUUUUGCACUAGGAUGGAUACAGAAUUUUUUCAUAAAACUGCCCUCUAUGCUUAUGAUUCAUGGCAGUUUGAUGCAACCAUCAUAUUUGAAACAUUUUUAGGUGUAGGUAGACUCCUGACUAAAAAAUGCUCUGGAAGUCUGCUUGAAAAUGCGAGUCAUCCAUUCAUCACCAUGUUGACUUUUAGUGUGCUCCUCCUUGCUUUUAAACAUGCAAAUUUCGUGUUGGAAAAAUGAUGAUGAUGAUGAUGAGUUGCAGUGUAGUUGAGAUUGAUUAGAUCAAUGGUAAUUCUUUGUAAGAUGGGCCCCAAAUACAAACUUAAGCUAUUGGGAAUCCACAUCAAGGGACACCAUUCAUGGCCACCCUAAUAACAGCUGUAUGAAAGACAGCCAUGAUCCAUGGAUAACAAAGUCACAAACAGAAUUAGUUUGAUCACCUGUUCCAUAGUUGAAAUAUGAUAUGUGAGCUGAUAUGUAAAGCCAUAAUGAAAGAAUAAAUUAAUGUACUUAAUAAUGAGAUCCACUGCCAGCCGUGCCAGGAUGAAAAUGCAAAUGUCUUUAAAAACUUUUUUUUAUUUAAGAAAUUUUAAAUUUUUUUAAAGAAUUGUAUUUCUUCUACAGCAACACAUUAUUGUUACCAUAAAUUCGAAUUUAAAUCAUUUCUAAUCAAGGCAAGGAUUUUUAAACUAUCAUUAUUUUUUUAGUGACUUAACUAUAGGGCAAUUCCAUAAAAUAUGUUCGUCCGACCCCCUAUAGUGGGACCUUCAUGAGAUUUUCCGUCUCUGAUUUCUUGUUCUCUUGACAGUCUGUAAUAUUCUCAAAGGACCAUGACUUGGUCAGUUGAUGAAGUGA